GCCGCAGGGCCCGGCUCCCAGCGAGAGCCCUACAGUUGAGGAGGCCUGGCGGGCCUGGGGUGCCAGAAAGGCCGCCAUCCCGCGGGAGGGGGCGUGAGCUGGGCGGGGCCGGAACGUCUUUCUCCGGGGCCGCGCCCCGGGCGGGCACAGUUACAGCCGCACGGAUCAUGGCCGCAGCCGCGCUAGCGCAGAUCUGGGCCCGAAAACUCCUCCCUGUCCCUUGGCUUCUGUGUGCUCCCAGGAGAUAUGCCUCCUCCGAUUUCAAGGCUGCAGACCUGCAGCUGGAAAUGACAAAGACGCCUCAUAAGAAGCCCGACCCCAGGGAGCCCCUGGUGUUUGGGAAGACAUUCACCGACCACAUGCUGAUGGUGGAAUGGAAUGAGAAGAAGGGCUGGAGCCAGCCCCGAAUCCAGCCCUUCCAGAACCUCACGCUGCACCCGGCCUGCUCCAGUCUCCACUACUCCCUGCAGCUCUUUGAGGGCUUGAAGGCGUUCAAAGGCAGGGACCAGCAGGUGCGCCUCUUCCGCCCCUGGCUCAACAUGGACCGGAUGCUGCGCUCGGCCCUGCGCCUCUGCCUGCCGAGCUUCGACAAGGGCGAGCUGCUCGAGUGCAUCCGCCGGCUCAUCGAGGUGGACAAGGACUGGGUGCCCGACAGCGCGGGCACCAGCCUCUACGUGCGCCCCGUGCUCAUCGGGAACGAGCCGUCGCUGGGUGUCACCCGCCCCUCGCAAGCCCUCCUGUACGUCAUCCUCUGCCCUGUGGGCUCGUACUUCCGCGGAGACUCCGUGACCCCGGUCUCCCUCCUGGCCGACCCAGCGUUCAUCCGGGCCUGGGUGGGUGGGGUCGGCAACUACAAGCUAGGGGGGAAUUAUGGGCCCACGGUGUUAGUGCAACAGGAGGCAAAAAAGAAGGGUUGCGAGCAGGUCCUCUGGCUGUACGGGCCUGACCAGCAGCUCACCGAGGUGGGCACCAUGAACAUCUUCGUCUACUGGACCCACAAGGAUGGGGUGCUGGAGCUGGUGACGCCCCCGCUGGAUGGUGUCAUCCUGCCUGGAGUAGUCAGACAGAGUCUGCUGGAUCUGGCUCAGACCUGGGGUGAGUUCCGGGUGGCAGAGCGCAGGAUCACCAUGAAGGAGUUACUGCAGGCGCUGGAGGAGGGCCGGGUGCGGGAAGUCUUUGGCUCAGGCACCGCGUGCCAGGUCUGUCCUGUGCACCAAAUCCUGUACCAAGGCCAGCACCUCCACAUUCCCACCAUGGAAAAUGGGCCUGAGCUUAUCCUCCGCUUCCAGAAGGAGCUGAAGGCGAUCCAGGUGAGGUGCAGGGAGCGGGUAAGUGGGCCAGAUGCUUGUUCCCCAGAGAAGUUCACGUCCCACGAGCCUCUGGACUAACAGCCACACUCCCCGCGAAUAGUCCCAGGGACAGAUAAAGGCCCUUCUACCUAGGCCUGGGCUGAGUUGGCUUCCCAUGAACCUCUGUGGCCUGGAAUACCCCUGGGAGCUAAAUAACUCUUUCCUUUGCGCUGGUGGAGCCCUGGGCUAGCUCUUUGGUUUGAGAACCUCACUUCCCCAGUCUCUGCGCCCCCGGGUAUACUUCUGGUGGGAAAAACCCCCUUUCCAUGGAUCUCUGGGACCCUAGCCAGCCCCCUUGCCACAUAAGUCUGCUUCCCGAGAUUCACUGGAGCCCCGGGCGAUCCCUUUGGCCUGAGAAAUCUUCCUCCUGUGAGCCCUGGCCCUGGGCCCCUUCCUGGCGCAAGCACGUUUCCUCCCGCGAGCCUCUGGAGGCAUUCCCGUGCUUCCGAGCCAAGGUAUCGUCCCCAGACCUCUGGGCUCCUUUCCCAGAGCUCGGGACCUAGAACUACACUUCCCCUGACUACCCGGGACUUCUCAGCGGAAAAUGACUUUUUCCGACAGCCUUCCGACAGUCUUAGACUACCCACCCUCUCUUCAGAACUACAUCUCCCCUAAGCCUCUGCGCCGCCUUGGCCUGACUCCUCCUCUUGGGGUUCUGGGCGGGCCUCCGGGAAGUGGACUACAUUUCCCAUGAGGCCGCGGGGCGCAACUGCGUAGGCACUCAGCCUGGGGUGCCGCAGGGCCUGCUGGGAGCUGCAGUGCGGCUUUCCACUCACGCGCCGCCUCGGUCGUC